AUGGUUUUCGAUGUGAGGACGCAAAAUGAGAAAACAUCAACGCCAUUCCGCUUCAUCAAAGUGACUGUCUCAUCAUCGGUCGAAAACCACAAUAAAUACAUGGAGGAUUUUCGUGUACCACAUUUCGUGCUUCAUGACUUCAGCGACGGGGAGGAGUCGAAGGUUAUUCGAAUGAUCUUGAAUUAUGCGCACAUUCCGUAUGAUGUCAAGGAUAUUGACAAGGAUGAUUAUAUUCUCGAAGACUACCCCUUCUACACCCUCCCAAUGCUCGAAAUCAAUGAACGCAAACUUGGCAAUGUUCCAUCCAUUUGCCGACAAUUGGGAUGGAGAUACGAGCUAAGCGGGCGAACUGCCGGCGAGGAUUCCGAGGUCGAUAUGAUUGCCGAGAAAACUUUUGAGGCUCGGAUGAAAAUCAAAAAUUGGCUCGACCAUCUGGACCAUCGGGAAGACCACGAAUGUGACGACUCUUGUGACUCACAUGAACCCGUGAGGCUCUUGGAGUCAUACCUUCUUCCCACUAUUGAGAAUAUUUUGCGGCGGAACAGGUCACCAUGGCUAAUUUCGGAUAAGAUGACAUGGUGUGAUCUACUGGUGUGUUGUUUGUUCAAUCCUAUCAUUUAUCACUGCCCCCAACUCUUCGACCGCUAUCCGAACAUCUUCCUGCAUAACAAACGAAUCGCGCAAAUGGACGAGUUCACGGGUUUUCUGUACAAUGUUCGAGAGAAACGAUUUACACCACCUCCUAAUUAAUUGGUGUAUUUGUUAUAUUAAUGUAUAAAUACUGUCUGUACUAUGCUCAAACUUUUAUAU